GGAAAUUUUGUUGCAUGCAUGACUGCCAUUUUAAGGCAAAUGGAAGACUACCACUAUGCUCAUUUAAUCAAGACUUUUGGGAAGAUGAGGUCAGAUGUUGUGGAUUUUCUGAUGGAAACAUUCAUCAUGUUCAAGAAUCUCAUUGGGAAGAACGUCUAUCCUUUCGACUGGGUUAUAAUGAACAUGAUGCAGAAUAAAGUCUUCCUGCGAGCAAUUAAUCAGUAUGCAGAUAUGCUAAACAAAAAAUUUCUUGAUCAAGCCAACUUUGAGCUACAGCUUUGGAACAACUACUUCCACCUGGCUGUUGCUUUCCUGACACAAGAGUCUUUACAACUGGAGAAUUUUUCAAGUGCUAAAAGAGCCAAAAUACUUAACAAGUAUGGUGACAUGAGGAGACAAAUUGGUUUUGAGAUCAGAGACAUGUGGUAUAACCUUGGUCAACAUAAGAUCAAGUUCAUCCCAGAAAUGGUGGGGCCUAUCUUAGAAAUGACACUAAUUCCUGAAACUGAACUUCGAAAAGCUACAAUCCCAAUAUUCUUUGAUAUGAUGCAGUGCGAGUUUCAUUCUACCAGAAGCUUCCAGAUGUUUGAAAAUGAGAUCAUCACAAAGCUGGAUCAUGAAGUGGAAGGAGGCAGAGGAGAUGAGCAGUACAAAGUGUUAUUUGACAAAAUUCUCUUGGAGCACUGCAGAAAACACAAAUAUCUUGCCAAAAAUGGAGAAACUUUUGUGAAACUUGUUGUUCAUUUGAUGGAGAGACUGCUGGAUUACAGAACCAUAAUGCAUGAUGAAAACAAAGAAAAUCGCAUGAGCUGCACUGUCAAUGUACUGAAUUUCUACAAAGAAAUUGAAAGAGAAGAAAUGUACAUAAGGUAUUUAUACAAGUUAUGUGACCUGCACAAAGAGUGUGAUAACUACACUGAAGCUGCCUACACAUUACUUCUGCAUGCAAAGCUUCUUAAGUGGUCAGAAGAGGCAUGUGCAGCACAUCUUACUCAGCGGGAUGGAUACCAGGCAACUACUCAAGGACAACUAAAAGAUCAGCUGUAUCAAGAAAUUAUCCAUUACUUUGACAAGGGCAAGAUGUGGGAAGAGGCCAUUGCCUUGGGCAAAGAACUUGCAGAACAGUAUGAAAAUGAAAUGUUUGAUUAUGAACAACUCAGUGAACUGCUGAGAAAGCAAGCUCAGUUCUAUGAAAACAUUGUAAAAGUGAUAAGACCUAAACCAGAUUACUUUGCUGUUGGAUACUAUGGCCAAGGAUUCCCUACAUUUUUACGGAACAAAGUGUUCAUUUACCGAGGGAAGGAGUAUGAACGUCGUGAAGACUUUGAAGCAAGGUUACUAACCCAGUUUCCCAAUGCAGAAAAAAUGAAGACAACAUCUCCACCAGGCGAUGAUAUUAAAAAUUCCCCUGGACAGUAUAUUCAGUGCUUUACUCUAAAGCCAAAACUUGAUUUACCACCAAAAUUUCACAAGCCAGUAUCAGAACAAAUUGUAAGUUUCUAUAGGGUGAAUGAGGUCCAGCGAUUUGAGUAUUCACGGCCUAUCCGAAAAGGAGAGAAAAACCCAGAUAAUGAAUUUGCAAAUAUGUGGAUUGAGAGAACUGUGUAUUUGACAGCAUAUAAAUUACCUGGGAUUUUAAGAUGGUUUGAAGUCAAAUCAGUUUUCAUGGUAGAAAUCAGUCCACUGGAGAAUGCAAUAGAAACCAUGCAGUUGACAAAUGAUAGGAUCAAUAAUAUGGUUCAACAACAUUUAAGUGAUCCAAAUCUGCCUAUUAACCCUCUCUCUAUGUUACUUAAUGGAAUUGUGGAUCCUGCAGUCAUGGGAGGCUUCACAAACUAUGAAAAGGCUUUUUUUACUGAAAAAUACAUGCAUGAGCACCCAGAAGACCAUGAAAAGAUUGAAAAACUAAAGGACCUGAUAGCAUGGCAGAUUCCGUUCUUGGCAGAAGGGAUCCGAAUUCAUGGAGAGAAAGUAACUGAAGCGCUUAGACCGUUUCAUGAGAGAAUGGAGGCCUGUUUCAAGCAACUUAAAGAAAAAGUAGAAAAGCAAUAUGGGGUCAGAACAAUUCCCUCAAGUUUAGAUGAUAGACGAGGAAGUCGGCCAAGGUCUAUGGUUAGAUCAUUCACUAUGCCGUCAUCUUCAAGACCUUUAUCUGUUGCAUCAGUAUCUUCCAUUUCAUCAGACAGUACACCUUCUAGACCUGGCUCUGAUGGGUUUGUGCUUGAACCUCUUCUGCCAAAAAAGAUGCAUUCUAGAUCUCAAGAUAAGUUGGACAAGGAUGACCUAGAUAAAGAUAAGAAGGAAAAGAAAAAGGAAAAAAGGAACAGCAAGCAUCAAGAAAUAUUUGAUAAAGAAUUUAAAUCUACAGAUAUUUCUCUGCAACAAUCUGAAGCAGUGAUCCUUUCAGAAACGAUCAGUCCACUAAGACCACAAAGACCAAAGAGCCAAGUUAUCAAUGUCAUUUCAAGUGAAAGACGUUUUUCUGUCUCUCCAUCACCUCCUGCUUCUCAAGCAACACCACCCCCAAUUACCCCAAGGACCAAACUUUCUUUCAGUUUACAGUCCAGUCUGGAACUCAAUGGUUUAGAGAUGGCAGACAUUCCUCCUCCUUUGCCUCUCAAAGGCAGCAUGGCAGAUUAUGGAAAUCUCAUGGAAAAUCAAGAAUUGAUUAGUCCUACAACAUCCCCACCUGCACAUCAAAGACACCUGCCACCUCCAUUGCCCAGCAAAACUCCACCACCUCCCCCUCCAAAGACUACUCGGAAGCAAACAUCCAUUGACUCUGGGAUUGUCCAGUGAAGAAGAAAGCAUUUCUCCAAAGAUAAAAGCUGUAAUAUUUCAUUUACCUAAAUAUUUUAAAGGUAUAUAAUGUUUACCUCAUUCAGGCCUGCAGUCUAAUAUUUAGUGCAAUGAUUCUAACUCUUAAAGGAACACAGUUCUAACAGUAAAUCUGUCUUCUAAAUAGAAAAUGCCACUGGAAUAAAGCUGUCACAGGAUAAUGGUCUCCCACUGCUUAGAAGGAACCUGGGACCUAUUUUCAAAGCAGGGGGCAUUUGUCAACUGCAAAUAUACUAGUCUCUAUUCCAAAAAAAAAGUUUUGUAUAUCUUUGUUGUACUGAACAGUUUAAUAAAAAGAGCAAGAUCUUGGCACAUACAGGUGAAUAUUAGUCAUCUGGGGUAUGGUCUCAGCUCCCACAGAAGUCGAUGAGAACAUUCACAUUAAUUUCAACGUGCGUUGGAUUGGACCUCUCAUUAAUCUUGAGAAGUUGCUUUAAGAUUGCUUCCAAUAAAGGUUGUGUUCAGCCCUUAACAAUCAAAAACCAGCAAGAAGCAGUUUUUUAAAAAUCGUCCUGUGUUAUGAAUAAGCUGAUCUCUGAUGAGCUUUUCUUUUUUUUAAAAACUCCCACUAGUGGUUACAUGUCAGUCAGUUAUCUAACCGCACCAUGUGGCUGCUUCUCUAUUGUUUAAUAACAUUUUAAACUAAGAUACCUUGUCUGCCACUGAACAGGCACUAAUUUUAUAGGAAAAGGAACCAAGUACACAGCUGUAGGGUCCCUGGUGAUUCUGAAAAUUAACGGUUGACUAUAAAAAUGGGAAGAGCUUUUUUAAUAUGUAAUAUUUUUAUGUGGAGUAGAAUAAACUGAAUGGUAUCUUUUUGUCUUUGUGCCAUCAUUCUGUACAGAAGUGUGUAUAUAUGAUGGUUCUUAGAAUGUGUUGAAUUUUAUGGUUCCUGCUUUUCAUGUAAUAAUGAAGUAAUGUACCUGCAAAUGAUUCUUUACAUGUUUUUAAUGUUUUUAAACUGUUGAAAGUGUAUAAAUAGCUAACUUUUUUCCCAAAAAAUUCAGCUCUGAAAAUAUUGGACAGUGAUGGAGGAGGGAGAAAAAACUAACUUUUUAUUCCAUAGUGUUUUUUAUUGUCAUCGUUCUAUAUAUAUAUAUAUAUUUUUACUAUUUACAAUCUUUCAUAAUAUUAUAGUAGGUGGUUUCUAAGUACAUCACUGAUUCCAAAAAUAAGAGGUCAUUAAAAAAAAGCUUUGUCUAAGAAAAUAAAUACAUUCCCAUUAUAUUUUUACAGAAGUUUGAUUAAUUUCAGGAGCAGCUUAAUUAACUAUCUGUACUUUUGUUUUUUCCUUACAAUACACAUUUAUGACAAGAAUAGACUGAAACUGUUUAUGAUAAAUUCUACAUUCUUACCGUUUUAUUAUACUCAUAUAACUUGUUCAUGAUGCAUAUAUGUAGCAUUGAAAUAAAAUAUGCAU